GCUUCGGAUAAAAUUGUCCGGCGCCGGCGUGUCGCGUCGAGUUUGACUCUUUGUUCGCCUUCCAUCUCUCUCGGCUCGUGGCCGUCCAAGGAUCAAGAAGAAUGAGCAUGAGGCUGGGGGGACCGCCCUGCUGCUGCUUCGGCUUCGCCCAGCUGCAGCCCGCCGCCGUCAGGCUCCGGGUGCCUGUGCCUCCUGCUCGCGCCGCGGACACCUCCGCCUCCCAGUCCCCGGCGCGCCUGAGGGCGGUGCUGGAUCAGGUGGACGAGGCGCUAAGGAAGGGGAACGACGAGGCAGCGCUCUCCCUCGUGCGCGGCUCGCAGGGGGAGGACGGCGGGCUCGGGUGCUUUGGCGCCGCGAGGCAGGUACCUCAAAGACUUUAUAAAUUGGAUGAGCUUAAACUAAAUGGAAUUGAUACUUCUGCGUUCCUAUCGCCUGUGGAUCUGACAUUGGGAUCAAUUGAAAGAAACCUCCAAAUUGCUGCAGUUCUCGGAGGGCUUUCGAUAUCAGCUGCAUUAGAGCUUUCACAACUCCAAAUCCUGUUCCUCGUACUAGGUCUACUAUCUUUGUGGUCUGUGGACUUUGUAUAUUUCGGUGGAGGGGUGAGAAACUUGGUUCUUGACACAAUUGGUCACUAUCUUAGCCAGAAGUAUCACAACAGAGUUAUACAGCAUGAAGCUGGUCACUUUCUGGUAGCAUAUUUGCUAGGGGUGCUUCCAAAAGGAUACACAAUUACAAGCUUGGAUACACUUAGCAAACAAGGAUCACUCAACGUUCAAGCUGGAACGGCUUUUGUGGAUUACGAGUUCCUUGAGGAGAUUAAUACAGGCAAGCUAUCUGCCACGAUGUUGAACAAGUUCUCGUGCAUAGCACUAGCUGGAGUUGCAACAGAGUACCUACUGUAUGGAGUCGCUGAAGGAGGAUUAGCUGACAUCAACAAGCUUGAUGGAUUGAUCAAGAGUUUGGGUUUCACCCAGAAGAAAGCUGAUUCACAGGUAAGAUGGGCUGUGCUGAACACUGUUCUCCUGCUGCGUUGCCAUGAAAGAGCUAGAUCGCAGCUUGCAGAAGCAAUGUCUUCUGGGAAAUCAGUAGGCACUUGCAUCGAAGUCAUAGAAGGGAAUAUAAACACGGAUGAUAUUUGAUGUGGAUUUCAUUAAUUCAAUAGUGCAUACUAGUAUUCCUGGCCUCUAUGAGCCAUCCAUUAUGUCAAUGGCAUAUAGGUUCAGCCCAACUUUCUCAACUACAAAAUCAAGGAUAAUAAGGAAUUUAUUCAGCGUAUAGUGUUUCUUGGUAUGCAUUCAGAUUAUAGUGAUAGAAUUCAAAGGCAUGAAUUUGUUUUCAGCCUCUUGCUCAUUGCUGUACAUUUGUUGCUUGUGAAUACGAUUGUGAUUCAGAUCAAAUUGGUUCACGCUGUGCUUGUAUA